CACCACCCUCACCCUCACCGCCACAUAUGGACUCGCCCAUAGUGACCCAGCUGUUCAGACAGCUCUUUCGUCACCGUCACCCUGCCUGCCACGCCCGUCGAAACCUCUCCAAUCUCGCAGCCGCCCUUCAUCACGGCCGCCAGCUCCAACAGUCGCGUGCCUUGUCUUCUGGGAGUGGCAGAGGUCCCCCCAUCUCGACGGCAGAGAAGGAGCGCGGGUGGCAGCAGAGGAACCAUGUGCUCCCCAAGGACAGGUCAGAGGAGGCGCAGCGGUAUCCCCUCGUCACCUCGAGGGAGCUGAGAAGGUCCACUGAAAGGCCGAGGAGGGUCAAGAUGUUGAUGCGAGAUUUCAUCGAAGACAGCCUCUACAACCCCCACUACGGCUACUUCUCCAAACAGGUCGUCAUCUUUACACCAGGCGAGCCUUUCGACUUCCCCCUCAUACGUGACGAGCUCGAGUUCCACUCCCUCCUCUCGCGGCGCUACACUGAGUUCGAGGACGCCCUUGACGUCGACAACCCCUCCGAAACCCGCCAGCUCUGGUACACGCCCACCGAGCUGUUCCGCCCUUACUAUGGCGAGGCCAUCGCCCGCUACCUCUGCGAGAACUAUAAGCACACCAGCUUCCCCUACCACGAUCUGAUCAUAUACGAGAUGGGCGCGGGCAGGGGCACGUUGAUGCUGAACAUCUUGGACUACAUCCGCGAUGUCGAGCCCGAGGUCUACGAGCGAACGCGGUACAGGAUUAUCGAGAUCUCGAGCAACCUCGCCGGCGUCCAGCAGGCCUCCCUGGCUGCUACCGCCGAGUCCAGAGGCCACAGGGGCAAGGUCGACAUCAUCAACAGGUCCAUCUUCGACUGGCGCGAUCGUGUGCCCGAGCCCUGCUUCUUCCUGGCCUUUGAGGUCUUCGACAACUUUGCUCACGACGUGCUUCGCUAUGACCUUGCUACCGAGGAGCCUCUGCAGGGCACAGUACUCAUCGACGAAGAGGGCGACUUUUACGAGUUCUUCUCGCCCGUGACCGACCCCACCAUCGCACGCUUCCUGCGCCUCCGUCACAUCGCCACAGAGGGCAUCUAUCCCCUCCCUUAUCACAGCCGCUCCGGCCGCGGCAUUCCCAAACAGGAGCCGUUUGGCGACGACCUGUCGGAACCCGAGUACAUUCCCACCCGUCUGAUGGCAUUCUUCGAGGUGCUGGACCAGUACUUCCCAAACCACCAGCUGGUCACCAGCGACUUUCACUCCCUGCCGGAUGCCAUCAAGGGGCUGAAUGCUCCCAUUGUGCAGACCAGGUACCAGCGGACCCCUGUGCCGGUCAGCACACCUCUGGUCCAUCAAGGCUACUUCGACAUCAUGUUUCCUACCGACUUCACCACCAUGGAAGCCGUGUACCGCUCCAUCACGGGCAAACUGAGUCGCGUCUGGUCGCACGAGGAUUUUAUGCGCAGCUGGGCCUUUGUCGAGGACUGCGAGACCCGGAACGGCGAGAACCCGCUGCUCAGCUGGUACAAGAAUGCCAGCGUCAUGAUGACGUGGAAUUAUAGGAAGAUGUAAAUAAAAACCACAAGACGUGUGGAUAGGAGGGAGACGUGUGCAACGCUGGUUUUCUUUCGGAACUCAUGGUAAAAGAGACAGGGAAAGAGAGGAACAUGAUACCCCUUAUGACGCUUUUUUUUCUUUGCCUCGCAUCGUAGACGCUGUUUGGAUAGACCAGGUGAUGCAUACCACGCAUGGCCUAGAAAAAUUUCACAAAAUUACACAUCC